AUGACUCAGCAGUCGGGCCGGCGGCAGCAUCAGCAUCAGCAGCUGCUACCGCAGCGAGUGGCGCUUGCGAGCAGCCUCGGUAAGAGCGGACUCCACGGGUACGUCUAUGCGCUCGACGCUGCAGUUGGCAGUGUUUUGCGAUCUCGUUUGCAAGAUGAAGGUGUAUCGGAGCUCGUGUGGACUCCACAGGAACCGCCCGCGGAGCUGCGGUCCGCAGCACCUAUGCACCUGCAAUUUUCCGCGGUCUGUUCUGCUAGGCCUCUGUUGCAUACAGCAGACCCGAGCCUGCAGAUCAGUGCCUCCAAUGAAAAUCCGCGUAAUCAUCAUGUGGUUGCCCACAGCGCCGGUGUCGUCUUGCGUCCCGAAGAUUUAGAUGCCCCAAAGCUUGUGAUCGUAUGUCGAAACGACAUACCCAUGAGUGCAGGCAAGUUGGCUGCGCAGGCUGCACACGCCGCUGUUGGUGCCUAUCGCCGGCACUGCGUCGAAUCGACGGGCGAUACUGAGCAAGCUCUCGUAUGCAAUCGUUGGAAGCGUGAAGGUGAGAAAAUUGUUGUGUUGUCGACGUUCAAGCGCCCUGCUUCGGACCGCGCAUCAACUGCUGCACCAUCUGUUGCCGAGAGCGGCAGCGGCGCUCGGAUGCUAGAGGCGCUCGCGCGUGAGGCGCGCGCUUUGGGUCUCCCGCUCUUUCAAGUGGUGGACGCAGGUCACACUGAAGUACCACCACGUACAUGCACCUGUAUCGCGAUCGGGCCAGCCGCAACGGGUCGCAUCGACGCGGUAACCGGGGAUCUACAGCUCUUCACAACAGGGCGCCAACCUGAGAAGCUAGCUCGGACCGGGUCACGAAACGAGCGCCGUAACCGACAGCGUCGUCGCGGCAGCCGCUGA